CGUGUAGUUGGUUAGUGUGUUUUUGUUGUGUGUCAUGCAAGAAAGUUGACUAAAGGUAUAAGCUAUCUGAACAUUAUGUUAUAUUUAUAUAAAAAAGAAUUAACCGUUUUAUCGGUUACACAAUGACAAAAUGUGAACAAUUUUUUAAAUCUUUCGUAACGAUGUAUGAAUUGUAUGAGUGAUUGAAAUGUACAUAAAUUUACUUAUAUGUAUAUUCCAUUUAUAAAUUAUUAUAAUUAAAUUCUUUAGAUUUAUAAAGUUUAUUUGGAGCAAUAUUAUAUAAAUAUAAGAAUGCCACUCUCUAAUAGUAAUAAAGAAGAUAUGGAACCAAAUAUGAGUGAUAUAAGUGCAGACUUUGCUUGUCUAAAAGUAUCUGCUUUAGGAAAAGUUUCGCGUAUAUCCGGUGAAAUCGAUCGGAUUACGAUUGGUCCUAAUUCAGAUUCAAGCAAGAGUGAUUUAAAAAAAUUGGAAAAUAUUGAAAAUGAACAAAAUUCUUGCAAUGUCAAAACACCACAGAAAACUAUGGAUGAAUGGAACAAUAAGAUUUCAACACAGAGUGGUAUUAUAUUUUCAAUAAAAAAGAUAUUAUUGGAAGAGGAGUUACAAAGAAGAGAGAAAGUCAGGAAAGAAGUACAGCGUAAAUGGCAACACAUGGAAGAGAAUGGAACUGCUAUACAGAAACAUAUUUCCCUUUCGCGUUCGAAUAUGGCACAAGAAAGAGAGCGCAAAAGUGCACAAAAAUAUGCCGAUAUAUUAGCCGAGGAGGAACGUAUCGCGGAACAAGAAGAAAUAAGGAGAAAACACGAGCAACAGUUACACGCUCAAAGAGCUCAAGAACAAAAUGAAAAGAUGAAACGUGAUAUGGAGGAAUGUAGAAGGAAAUUGAAAGAGAAGGAAGAAUUGAUAAAAAAGAUAGUUAUUCUUAGGCACGAAUUUGAAGUUAAAUAUUAUGACAUUGUAAUUCUAUCCAAAAAUUUUAAAGACAAAAAUGCUAUAGCAAAUUUUUUUAUUAUGCAUUCGGUCGUUCUAAAACAACUCCAUCGACAAAUUGAAUCUUUGGAUGAAAAAAUUAAGAAAGGAGAUUUGGCGCCUACAGAUCUUUAUAGCGCAGAAACAGCGGUACAACAGAUAGGUGAAAUUUUAUCCUCGUUAAAGGUAGAAUUAGAUAGGAUAACUGCUGAGAAGAUAAUUCCAGUGUCGAAUGCAAAUGUACAAAGUACAGAAUUGAUUCAGAAAGAACAAUCCAAGUCAGAAGAAGUUGUAAAAAUUUAUGACGUUUCAACUGCAGAUCAAAUCAAUAACGAUAAUGUCAACGAAAACGUGGGCAAUGAUAAAGCUCAAGAGAUUGUUCCAGGAAGUGUUCCAGAAUCUGUUCCAGAGCCUGUACCAGAGAUUGUUCCGGGAACUGUUCCAGAAUCUACUCCUGAAACUGUUCCAGAACUAAUACCAGAAAAUGUUCAAGAAACAGGUCAAACAAUAGAAACAUCCACAAAUCAUCAAGGCAAUUCUGAAGAUACUUCAUCAACGUCGACUGUGCCAUUACAAGAAAUAGAAAAUAAUAUAUAUAAAUAUGUCGAUAAAGAAUCAUUACAAAUAUAUAUUCAUAGUCAAGAAAUUUUGGAGAAUUAUGCCAAAAAUUAUAAUGAAUUUUCACGAUCGCCCAGUACAAAAAAAUUUAGGUUCGAGUGUCAAAAGGCAAUAAAUAUUCCUGUAAACGCAAUUUCUGUUAUUAACGAACAACAUCUUAAAGAUAAAUAUGAAAGAUUACACAAUCUUCUUAUUGGAAGAUCAUCUCCAAAUGUAGGACAGCAUCCGCAAGGAGCAGCAUUUUGUAAAGAUGUUUUAGCCAAAAAAAUAGUAAAUCAAGGAGAGACACUUGUUUCGAGCAAACCAAAAAUGGCAUUUGCUAUAGCUACAAUAAUCGUAGCUCUUUGGAACGAUCACGGCGAUUUUGGUGAAUUACUUUUGGCACAUUUUCACAAAACUUGUCCCUUUACGGUUCCUGUAUUUAUGCCGAAAAGAGAAGGACAAACCAAUGAAGAAUAUUUCAAGUCAUUGGGUUAUAAGUAUUUCGAAAAUGGAAGUGUAGAAAAACAAGAUAAAUUUUUGAAAAGGAUGUCUGGAUUAAUGAGAUUGUAUAUUUCUAUAACUGUAACAUCUCAAAGAAAAGGAAUUACGAAGAAACAUCCUUAUGGUUUACGACAUACAUGGAGAUGGCUUGCAACUGUAUUGAAUAGUGAAUCUCAACCAAACACAUCAGAUCUUCGUGCCACUCUUAUUUUGGAUGUAUUGGAAGUUGCAGGAAAUUCACUUUGGAAUGUUUAUCCUAAACAAUUUCAUAAGAUGUUAAUGUUAUUAGCUAAUGAAUAUUAUCCUCGUAUACAAAAUACGGAUGGUAUUAGUGACGGACCAUUAGUACGUUUAGAAGAAUUCUUAAAAAACACAUUAGCAAGGGGUUCUAUACCACCUCCAGAUGGAUAUCUUGCUCCUAACUUUUGGUAACUUUUGAUAGAUAAAUUCGUUUUGCGUAAUUCUUGUGCAUUGUAUGUAUCAUAAUUUCUAUUUAAAAAGAAAAAAAAAAAUAAAUAAAUAAAAUAAAAUAAAAUAAAAUAAAAAUAAAAAAAAAAAAA